AAUUGACUAGUAUUGUAAUGUAUGAUUUAGAUUACGUAUUUCUUUCGAGUAAAAUUAUACUCGUUAUGUUUGUACCAUUCAAAGAUAAACUCAGUUAGACUUACUUGUAUUUAUGAAUGAUUUACUUGACGUAUUCUGUCGCGUAAAUCGUACGUCGUUAGAAGUGCGUAGACGCGAUGAAACGCACUUCGACUAACUUCUUAAUAUCAUAUACGUAUUAAUGAUUCACAUGUAUGUAUAUGGUAUACUGUACAUAAUAAAUAUUUGUCACCUCACACCGCUGUCGAUUCUAGAUUGAAUUUGAGGACCGUGCAACGGGCAUAUCCAGCGAGCUAUUCCCCCAAGAAUAGGCUAAAUCGGAGUACAACAAUUGGUGGAGGAUCUACGUUCUACAAAACGCUACCUCUUCGCUCUAUGUACCAGCCGGCCUACAAUUUACGCAGUAAUCCAGCAGGAGAGAUCACGACGACCGCUGACUCCUCUCCGCACGCUACGCCAGGUAGGCAAAACGACGGUCAGGUGCAUGAUUCUUGGUAUACCUCGACCAUUGCAAUGCCUGGGGUACUGCAGAUAGAGAAAUUUAAAGGAAGCGGCCAAGAUGUCGUCGAUUGGAUGGCGACAUAUGAGACUUUGGCGGCCCUAAUAUACAAGGACUCGGCGCUCGCAAUGCUACCCACGCACUUGCAAGACCCGGCUCGGGCGUGGUUUAUGAAGCAGCCAGCCGCAAAGAAGACGACGAUGACAGCGGUAAGGGAACUGUUCGUCACCAGAUUUCAACGGCCGAAGGAGAUCGAUCUCGGUGUUCUCACGGCGGUACAACAGCCGAGUGAGUCCGUACAGGACUAUAUUAUUCGGCUAGAGUCCAAGUUCGAGCCAGCACUGCCGGAGCAAUAUAAGGUCGCCAUUGCGCUGAAUGGUUUGAAUCAGGCGCAUCAGAUCUACUUGCGCCAACAUAAUCCGCAAUCGCUUGAAGUCCUCGUGAAGCUGGCACACAAUCUCCCAGCGACAACGACGCCGUUCGUACAGCCGGCCAACACCGGACAGGUGGCAUCUGUGCAGGAUUCAUUGAGAAAGGAAAUCGACGACCUGCGCCAUCUGGUGCAAAACCUUGUUGUUUCGCACCAUGAGAUUGCUUCCGCCGCGCCCGACUCUGAACGUCAGCACCAGCAGAGACGCAACUUUAACCACCGACGUCACUCACCUGCGCGUCAGCAUCAACAGCAGCGCUACGACCAGCACGGGAACACGCAAACGCCUGGCAGCUACAGACGACGCGAUGCGAAUUUCAACACUGAUCCCUGGAAUUUCCGGAGUAUUUUAGCCUGGAUAGUACUCGUACUAGGCACGAUCGCACCUGUUGGCAUGGCUUCGGAAGACUUGAUCUUUUGCGUGAACUACGGCAUCAUAAUGGAGGCUAAGGGAGAACUGCAUUUUAGCCCGGAUAGUUGGCUACACACAGUGCGUAUUCAGCUACCUUCGACAGCACCGAGAGUUCAACCCUUCGUAUGCGCUGAUGCAUCGGCCAAGUGUUCAGCGCUUAGGGCCAUGGCGCUGAGGGAAGUUGUCUUACGAAAGGACGUCACUAAUACGGUACACACACUACAAUCAUGGGUCACGGAAAUCAUUCCUAAGCCCAGGGAGCAACACAGACGGCGCUCGCGCUCUCUGCUACCUUUUAUUGGUGACAUAUCAAGUUUAUUGUUUGGCACUGCAACGCCAGCGGACUUACAGCGCGUUGCCACACAUGUCAAUUCAUUAAUCGCUCACAUAAGAGUAAGACAAGCAAAGUGA